AUGGCAUUCUUGGAAAAGUUUACUUUUGUUGUGAAGCAUAUGUCUGGAAUUUCGAACCGUGUGGCAGAUGCCUUGAGCAGGAGGAGUAGCCUGCUUGUUUCUAUGAGAGUUGUUGUACCCGGGCUAGACAAUCUCAUGGAACAGCUCACAACAGAUCCAUAUUUUUCUGUCAUUUUGCAGGAUGUGCAGUUUGGGAAGAGGGCAGAUUUUCUUGUGCAUGAUGGUUUUCUUUUUAAGGAAAAUCAAUUGUGUAUUCCCAAUUCCAGCCUCCGACUUCAAAUAAUUAAAGAAUUGCAUGGAGAAGGGCAUGUGGGGAGAGACCGUACUUUACGACUAGUGCAGUCUUCUUAUUUUUGGCCUACUAUGCGAAGGGAUGUUGAUCGAUUUGUUAGACGUUGCAGGAUCUGUCAAGUUUCAAAAGGCACAGCUACUAAUGCAGGGCUUUAUAUGCCUCUACCCAUUCCUCAAUAG